GAUAUAUAUCAUUAUCCCUAAUCCUUUUAUCAAUUAUUAGCUACCAAAAUCUGGGGAGAUGAAGAAGAACAUGCGCUCUUGUGAUUUGCUAAUUCCACCACUUUUAAUCCUAUUUUCAGUACCCUAUGGCGGAGCUCAAUCUUCAGUUCCUCCUCCUCCUCCCUAUGCUGAUUUCAACCCUUCGAUUAUCGCCAUCAUCGUCAUCCUCGUAGCAGCUCUCUUUCUGAUGGGAUUUUUCUCAAUUUACAUCCGCCGGAGGGCAAAUGAGGGCAGUAUCCGUAGAGCUUUCUCCAUGCGCCGCCCUGCGGUGGCGUCGCGCGGCCUUGAUGCGUCGGUGAUUGAGACGUUUCCGACGUUUGUCUACUCCAGCGUGAAAGGGCUGAAGAUCGGCAAAGGAGCGCUGGAGUGUGCCGUGUGCCUUAACGAGUACGAAGAUGAAGAAACGCUGCGCCUCAUUCCAAAGUGCGAUCACGUGUUUCAUCCUGACUGCAUCGACGCCUGGUUUGAGAAUCACGUCACCUGCCCCGUCUGCCGAGCCAACCUUGUUCCUGGCGAUGAUUCCGUUUCAAUCUCCAUUGUCCAAGAUCCGGUGCCAACCGAAUCACUGGGUGAUAAACCGAUAUUUCCUAGGUUGUUUGAGAAAUUCAGAUCUCAUUCAACCGGACAUUCAGUGGGUGAGAACCUGGAGCGGUUCACGUUGCGGCUACCUGAGGACGUGAGGAAGCAGGUGGUGAACCGUGCGCUGUUAGUCGGAGAAGGAAGCGGGAAGAAGGGGUACAGGACCACCGGCGGAAGGAAAUCUUACAAGCGGCUGGAGAGCUUAGAUCGUGUUGUGGUGGGGGUGAGGUCAGAGCGGUGGGUGUUCCCCAGAGCUUUGAGUCGGGCCUUCUCCACUAGAUCGCCCAAAGUCAACGGCGAAGCGUCCACCUCGGCAGCAGAUAUGAUUCCACUCAAUAACAUCGGACCUAAAAGUUGUUGACUUUGUCGGUCACUUCCAACUCCCACUUUGUGUAAUUUGACUUUUUUUUAUUCUUCUUAUUUCCAAGUUCCUUAACUAGUAAAAGACCCGCGCGUUGUGGCAGUAAGUUUGUUCGGCUCAGUUUUGCGCAUUACGUCGUAAUUUGAAACUGUAUAAGACGUGACCUGAUGAUUAAGCGAGUUGUGCUAGCUAAAAUGGAAGAUUCUUGUUUGUCCUUUCA